AUGGCACCGGUCACUCCUACCGGGGCACCGGCACACAGACCCCGUGUGUCCAUCCGCAUCGGCCUCACCCCUGGGAGGCCCCUGGUCCUGGAGAGGGAAGGGAGUUGUGAGAUCCUUCAGGGGAGCACCCCAGUUCGGGACUGGCACCUGGGGGUGCCUGCGGUGGGCAGCUGCGCGCGCUCAUGGCGUCCGGGGCUCCUGAGCCCCGCGCUGGGGUUCCGCGAGUUUCCCGGGGGUGCAGAGCCCCGCGCUCGUGUCUUUUCUCGCGGCAGUGGCCCUUUCCCAUCGAACAUCCAGUUCUGCUGCGAGGACCACCCUGCCCAGGGUUCGGGCCAGACCAAGGUGCCUGCGGUGGCGGAGGGUCCCGGCUCCCACCUGCCGCGGAACGUGCUCAGCGAGAGGGAGCGCAGGAAGCGGAUCUCCUUGAGCUGUGAGCACCUGCGGGGUCUGCUGCCCCGGUUUGACGGCCGGCGGGAGGACAUGGCCUCGGUCCUAGAGAUGGCAGUGCAGUUCCUCCAGCUGGCAGGCACCCUGGUGCCCGGCUGGAAGCAGCAGGCUGUUCUCGCUUCCUCCAAGGAGCCGUGGCUCGCAUGGCAGACGGAUGUCCUGCAGCUGGCCCUGGCGAGCCAGACCCCGGCAGGUGCCCCGGACGCCGGCGUGGGAACAUCCAGUGUGAUUCCUCAGGCCCCCCCGAGCUGUGAGGCCGCGGGUGUGGAUGAGGGUGAGGCCCUGUCGGGAGUGGCCGACAUGCUGGACGGGCCGCCGGCCCUGCCUGAGUCGCCCAGCCUCGUCCCCCAGUCCCCAGGCCCGAGACCCCCCAAGGUCCUGAGGCCAUCCCCUCUGUGGCCAGUCCGCUCGCAGCAGCCCCCUUCCCCGCUGGUGAGUGAGGAGCCCCGGAGCUGCCUGGGCCAGGCGGGGCCCCCCACUACGGGGGCCGACAAGGCCCUGAUGCCAGACUCCAGGUCUGUGUCGGGAUGUGAUGUGGCAGAUGGCGCGUCCUUUCUGCUGACCCCUGGUCCCGACUGGUGGCUGGGGUCCCUGGAGGGCAGAGGCAGCAGCGCCCCUUCUCGGGUGGCCGCCAGGAACAGCCCGCUGGACAGGCUCGAGCCGGGCUUCCUGGGAGACCCCGAGUCUAGCCCCCAGGAGGAGCCCCCGGGUGGGCCCCUGGAGCCGUGGGGCUCGGACGGGAGCUGCCCCAGCCCGGUCCUGCGGGACGAGGUGGACAGCAUCUUCCCCGACUUCUUCGCCUGCUGA